GGCCCGCCUCCCCCAGUUGUGAUUCCACUCGUUCCUCUGCAGUGGCCUCCGCGUGAACCUCCCGAUCUGGCGCCGGCUCCCAAGGGUGCGGCGUGCGGGACGUGCCGGGAGCACCCCUGAGGCCCAGCAUGCAGGCCUUCCUGGCCCCAGGAGCACCACCAGGUGAAGGUGGAUGCCUGGCUUAGCCGCAUGCUUGCCCUAGUGACCUGAGAACGUGACUUGGCCGUGAAGGAGAAAGACCAGCUCCUGGGCAAACUGGAGAACCUAGAGCAGGUCCUGCAGCACAUGCGAGAGGCCGCGGGGCGGCGGCAGCAGCUGGAACUGGAGCAUGAGCAAGCCCUGGCCGUGCUCAAUGCCAAGCAGCAGGAGAUUGACCUUCUGCAGAGGGCUCAGGUUGAAGCUAAGAAAGAGCAUGAAGGCGCAGUGCAGUUGCUAGAGAGCAAGGUGAGGGAGCUGGAGGAGCAGUGCCGCGCGCAGAGUGAGCAGUUCAGCCUGCUGUCCCGAGACCUGGAGGCGCUGCGGAGGCAGGCCGGGAGGAUCGACCUGCUGGGCAGCCUCCCGCCGGCGCCCCUGGAAGUGCCUGCGCCCCCCGGCAAGCCCUUCCCGCGCUUCAUGAACGGACUUGCUGCCUCCAUCAGCAAAGGCCACGAGAGCACAGUGGGGGGCCACACUGUGAUCGGGGACCUCGUCCGGCCCCUCCCGCUCCCUGGAGACGACCCACUGUCUGCCAAGCCCACCUUUCUGUCCAGGUCCAGCAGCCCAAGAUGCAGAUUUGAAGCAGACAUGGACAAUGACCGGAGUCCCAGCAGCUCCAGGCAGAGAUACUCAGGGAAGGUCCACCUGUGUGUCGCCCGCUACAGCUACAACCCCUUCGAUGGGCCAAAUGAAAACCCGGAAGCCGAGCUGCCCCUCACGGCAGGGAAGUACCUCUACAUCUAUGGGGACAUGGACGAGGAUGGCUUCUAUGAAGCAGGUGAGCUCCUGGACGGACAGAGAGGCUUGGUACCGUCCAACUUCGUGGAUUUUGUCCAGGACAGCGAGUCCCGCUUGGCCAGCACGCUGGGGAGCGAGCAGGACCAGAACCUCAUCAACCACUCGGGGCUGGGCUUGGAGGGGGAGCGCAUCCUGGACCUGCACUCGCCCACGCACACGGACCUGGGUGCCCUUGACGCUGCGGGGACGCUGGAGGUGAGCCUUGACGACGCUGGAGAAGACAUCGUGCCUUACCCUCGGAAAAUCACCCUGAUCAAACAACUCGCCAAAAGUGUCAUUGUGGGCUGGGAGCCCCCGGCCGUGCCGCCGGGCUGGGGCGCCGUGAGCAGCUACACGGUGCUGGUGGACACGGAGCCCCGCCUGAGCCUGGCCCUGGGCGGCAGGACCAAGGCCCUGGUGGAGAAGCUCAACCUGGCGGCCUGCACCCACCGCAUCUCUGUGCAGUGCGUGACCAGCCAGGGCAGCUCGGACGAGCUGCGGUGCACGCUGCUGGUGGGCAGGGACGUGGCGGUGGCGCCCUCCCACCUGCGCGUGGACAACAUCACGCAGAUCUCUGCCCAGCUGUCCUGGCUGCCCACCAAUAGCAACUACAGCCACGUGAUCUUCCUCAACGAGGAGGAGCUGGACAUGGUCAAGGCCGCCAGGUACAAGUACCAGUUCUUCAAUCUCAGGCCCAACAUGGCCUACAAGGUCAAGGUCCUGGCCAAGCCCCAUCAGAUGCCCUGGCAGCUGCCCCUGGAGCAGAGGGAGAAGAAGGAGGCCUUCGUGGAGUUCUCCACGCUGCCCGCAGGUCCCCCGGCUCCCCCGCAGGACGUCACCGUGCAGGCUGGGACCACCCCCGCCACUGUCCUGGUCUCCUGGAAGCCGCCUGCCCUGACCGCCGCCGGCCUGUCCAACGGAGCCAGCGUAACCGGCUACGGGGUGUUUGCCAAAGGCCAGAGGGUGGCCGAGCUCAUCGCACCCACGGCGGACAGCACGGCCGUGGAGCUGGCCCGCCUGCACAGCCUGGACGCCAAGGCCCUGACCGUGCGGACCCUCUCUGCGCAGGGGGAGUCGGUGGACUCUGCCCUCGCCGCCAUCCCCCCCGACCUCCUGGUGCCUCCACCCCCCCACCCCAGAGCUGUGCCCACACCGAAGCCAUUAGCAAGUGCCGGAGCCCCGGAAACCAAAGACGAGCACCUGGGUCCCCACGUCAGAGCCGAUGAGGGCUGGGAGCAGGGCCGGGCGCCCCCUGCCCACGUGCGCAUGCUAGAGCCCCCCGCCGGCCCCGGGAGGCGCUCGCCCUCACCCAGCCGCAUCCUGCCGCAGCCGCAGGGGGCCCCCGUGUCCACCUCUGUCGCCAAGGCCAUGGCCCGGGAAGCCGCUCAGAGAGUGGCCGAGAGCAGCAGGUCAGAGAAAAGGAGUGUGUUCCUGGAGAGAAGCUCAGGGCGCUACGCCGACUCCGAUGAGGAGGACGGCUACUGCUCCCCAGAACCCCCACGUCGGGGAGCCUCAGUGGAUGACUUCCUGCGGGGCUCGGAGCUGGGCAAACAGCCACACUGCUGCCAUGGCGAUGAGCACCACACGGAGAGCAGCCGGGGCUCCGACCUCUCCGACAUCCUGGAGGAGGACGAGGAGGACCUGUACUCAGAGAUGCAGCUGGAGGACGGUGGGCGCCGGCGGCCCAGUGGCACGUCCCACAAUGCUCUCAAGGACUGCUCCCGGCCCUGGGGCCCCGACGGCACCUUCCUGGAGCAGCCCCAGCACAGCAAGAAGCUGUUCAGUAUCCCUGAGGUGGCCGAGGAGGACGGGGAGCCCUGGGAGUUCUGGCACAGAGCCAGCGCGGGGGGCGCGCCUCGGGUCGUAGGCGUGCGCAGGCCCACCCGGCCGGGCUGGGGAGAUGUGGCCCCACAGGGCUCCUGGCUGCCGGCCACGCCCAGGGCCCCAGGGGCGGGCCCCCACGCCGAGGACCCCCUGCUGGAAGACAGGAGCUGCCGCUUCGGCCGCUGGGCCACCCGGAGCCCGGACAGUGGCCUGGACUGUGGCAGCGAAGAGGAGGAGUCACGCUUUAGUUUCCGGCGCCCGGCCUCGCUGUGCGGCCCGGGCCCGGGGCCCUGUCCCUGCCGGAGGGGCCUGCGGCCUCUGCUGGCCCGGCGGCGCACACUGACCCGGCAGAGCAGCAUUGAAGAGGACUUUGGGGAGCCGGGGGGCCCCGGCGACGUCAUCAGGAGCGAUGACGCCCAGCCCAGCCCCGAGAGACCCGCCCCCGGGAAGGAUGGCUGGGAAGAGCCCCCCGGGCCCGGAGCUGUCCGGGAGGCGUGGAAGAAAGGCGACCGAGCGCCGGGCCGCAGGGCCGCGGGCUGCGCCGCCCCGCCCCCCGCCUGGGCGGCGGAAGGCCCUGGGAUCCUUGGGAACCCGGCAUCGGCCGGCCGGCCGGACAGGAUGGACCCCGUGGGCCGGAGGCUCUCCCAUGGCGGCAUGGGUGCCCAGCGGUCCCGGCCGGCGGCUGGCCCGGCCAUUGAUGACUACGGCGGGCGGGAGAGGCUCUCUCCAGACUUCUACGAGGAGUCAGACACCGACCCUGGAGCUGAGGAGCUGCCUGCCCGGGUCUUCGUGGCUCUUUUUGAUUAUGACCCACUCACCAUGUCUCCGAACCCUGAUGCUGCGGAAGAGGAGCUCCCUUUUAAAGAAGGACAGGUCAUCAAGGUUUACGGGGAUAAAGACGCGGACGGGUUCUACCGCGGGGAGACGUGCGCGCGGCUGGGCCUCAUCCCCUGUAACAUGGUCUCCGAGAUCCAAGCGGACGACGAGGAGAUGGUGGGCCAGCUCCUCAGACAGGGCUUCCUCCCUCUCAACACGCCGGUGGAGAAAAUAGAGCGUAGGCGAGGCGGCCGGCGGCACUCGGCGUCCACGGGGAGGAUGGUGGCCCUGUACGACUACGACCCCCGGGAGAGCUCGCCCAAUGUGGACGUCGAGGCUGAGCUGACGUUUUGCACAGGAGAUAUUAUUACUGUUUUUGGAGACAUUGAUGAAGAUGGGUUUUAUUAUGGGGAGCUGAACGGGCAAAAAGGCCUCGUGCCCUCCAACUUCCUAGAAGAAGUGCCUGACGACGUGGAGGUCUACCUGUCGGACGCCCCCUCCCACUGCUCCCAGGACACGCCUGUGCGCACCAAGGCCAAAAGGGUUCCUCCUGAGGGUUCAGGUACAGCAAGGAGCGCGCCACCCCCCACAGUCCAUCUCCAUUCGGGGUCACCUACGUCAUCUAUGGGUACUGGGAGUCCCGGGAGAGGCAGGGAAAUGUCCUCGAGAAAGAAAAAGGGGCUGCUUUCCAAAGGCAAGAAACUGCUGAAAAGGCUGGGCGCGGUGAAAUGACCCCUGCGCUCCGGACAACCUCCAAACCCAUGUCGUUUUCUUUAAUCCCAAACUAGGGCUUUCAUGACUCAAGUACUUCCUAAAAACCACUCUUCUCCCCUGACACCAGUAGAGAAAUGCACUUUGCACGCCGCCCGCUCGGCCGCGGCAAGGACGGAGCUGUGCGCUCCCGUCUGUGGCCAGGCGCCUGUUGCCCGGGCCGGGAGGCGCGUCUCGGCUCGUGGGGCCCGCGGCUCUCGGGCUCGCCCCUGCCCGGGCUGCCAGUCUCUGUGUGUUUGUCAUCUGCCCCUAAAGGAAUGAUUUCAGCUCCUCCCUCCUCCAAACGCUUGCCUCACGUAACUGACUGCUCUCGGACUCCCAGCCCAGCGCCCGGUGUCUGCCUUACGAUGCACAUGGUCUGUACGUCAAUAAAGCCGCAGUGUGUACUUGUGUGUGUCGUGUCCACCCUGCCCCUGCCUGCACAGCCCCCGCCGACGCGGCCGGGCCCAGACGCUGGGCUCCACUCGCACAGCCAGCCAGGCCACACACACCCCCACCGCCCACACACACUUGACUCAAAUUAUUCAAAACAGAAGAGAAAGUACUGUGGUUGGAUCAAGUACGGCUCCUCCUCCCUGCAGAGCCCCAGUCGCCAUUUGUUACGCUGGGGCCGCCGCCUCAGUGCCCCUGCGAGCCCUGGGGUGACACACACAGGCAGGGCAGCCCCCCACACUCCCACCCCGCGGCCCUUGGGCUGGAGCCUGGCAGGGCUGCCGGCGGGGCCUCCAUGGCUCCUUUUGUAACUGUUCACUUGUAAAUUGUUUUUACUCUUUAUACACUUUCCAGACUGCCUUUCUUUUGUAACUUAUGGUUUAUACGAGUGACCAGGCCUCCUCCGGGUCUCAGAAACCGCGCUGUGUGGGGCGUGGCGCUGUGGUGGGCCAGGCCGGAGAUGGGCCCGGACUGUGCGGUGUGUGCUUGUGCACAGCAGUGU